UAUAUAUAAAAAUCGUCCGAUUAACCGGUAUCGGCUUUUUUGGUCCUCCAAUAAUCGGUAUCAUAAUCGGUCUAAUCAAAACACCAAUAGUGCUAGGCUGUGAGAAAUAUCACUGAUAUAAUUAUUCUGAAAGAAAGCUUCUAAGAACUAGUGUUGCACGGUAUACUGGUAAUAUCAUGUUACUAAGAUGUCAUGAUACUUAUGGUCCCAACAUUUUAGGAUACCGUAGUAUUUCAUAUGAUAUUACCACAUUUUCCGGCCCGACUGAUCUAAAGGACCUGUUAUAAGUGUCUGUUAGAAAAUGUUCAUAAAUUCAGAUACAUUUUUUAAGCAACAGACACUUACAUGGCAGUUGGAUAUUCCCCAGUGAAGCAUGAAGUGUGCUUAAAUAAAAGUUCCCUUUGGUAUGGUAGUACGUUUUAUUAUGGUUUAUAUUGUAAAGAGGUCACUGGGGUCACUGCUGAUCCUCAUCAUAGAGGAGCAUGGUGACUUAGGUGCGGGUACUAUUGGCCCACAUGUGACUUUUUCGGGGACCCCAAACAAAUACAUAAAGAAAUAUUUUGCAGAAUUUUAGUCUAAUUUAGCGGCCAGGUGCGGGUACUAUUGGCUAAUGGAAUUAAAUGUCUAAUGACUGACUGCUCAUUCUAAAACCACACUGGUGGUGGUGGUGAACAAUUUGGUGUAAGUAGGAUGGGUCAGAAUAGUGGGUAUUUUUAGGCUGGACCAUAUCUGUGGGCCUGGUCAGAUCUGCUGCAGUGCUUUUAGGCUUAUGGAAAUAGGCUUUAAUUCCCUUUCAAUCCUUUUUAUUAGCCAAUGACCUCGGGCUCAAUUAGCAAGCAGCCACUGCCGGGAUUUCACAGGAUGGAAAGGGGCACGAAACUUACAAAAUCGAAGGGAAUGGAACAUUAGCAGAGAGACUGUGAGAGGGAACAGAUCCAGACUGAGACAAUACUGCAAACAGGGAAACGACUCAAGUUAAGGACAGAAGGAGAGAGGAGGGAAGUGGAUUGGUCAGGUGGCUGAUGGUGGGGGCUACGGUACGGCCCUCUUUUGCCCUCCUGGAGUGGAUAUUGCUAUGAUAACAGAUGCUGAACGUAACAGCCAGGAGAAGAGCUUGAGCACUGGUGAGGGAUGAACGUGGAGCCUGUACUGCAAGUGGGGGGUAUGGAGCUACAAGCGGGAGCCAUGGCUCAGGCACACAGACACAGGCAAAUCCAGUUUGUGGAAGACAAGCAAGAGUUCAGCAGGUUUCCUACCAAGGCAGGACGACGCUCCCUGUCUCGAUCGAUCUCUCAGUCAUCCACCGACAGCUACAGUUCAGCUGCGUCCUACACGGACAGCUCUGACGAUGAAACUUCACCACGGGACAAAAUACAGGUCAAUUCCAAGGGCACCAACGACUUCUGUGUGAAGAACAUCAAACAUGCCGAAUUUGGUCGCCGCGAGAUUGAGAUUGCAGAACAAGAUAUGUCAGCAUUAAUCUCGCUCAGGAAGAGAGCCCAGGGAGAGAAGCCACUUGCUGGGGCUAAAAUCGUUGGCUGCACUCACAUCACUGCCCAGACUGCAGUGUUGAUUGAGACUCUGGUGGCACUGGGGGCCCAGUGUCGCUGGACAGCCUGUAACAUCUACUCCACACAGAACGAGGUGGCAGCUGCCCUCUCAGAGAUCGGUGUGGCUGUUUUUGCCUGGAAGGGGGAAUCGGAGGAUGACUUCUGGUGGUGUAUCAACAAGUGCAUCAACAUGGAGGGGUGGCAGCCUAACAUGAUCCUUGAUGACGGAGGGGACUUGACUCACUGGGUGUAUAAGAAAUACCCCAACGGCUUCAAGAAGAUCAGGGGCAUUGUGGAGGAGAGUGUGACUGGGGUCCACAGGUUGUACCAGCUGUCCAAAGCAGGCAAGCUGUGUGUGCCAGCCAUGAAUGUAAAUGACUCUGUGACAAAGCAGAAGUUUGACAACCUCUACUGCUGCAGAGAGUCUAUCUUGGAUGGCCUGAAGAGGACCACAGACGUGAUGUUUGGAGGAAAGCAGGUGGUUGUCUGUGGUUAUGGCGAGGUUGGGAAAGGUUGCACUGCCGCACUGAAAGCCAUGGGAUCCAUCGUCUACGUCACAGAGAUCGAUCCCAUUUGCUCCCUGCAGGCCUGCAUGGAUGGCUUCAGGGUGGUCAAGCUUAAUGAGGUCAUCCGUCAGGUGGACAUCAUCAUCACAUGCACUGGGAAUAAGAACGUGGUGACCAGGGACCAGCUGGACCGUAUGAAGAACGGCUCCAUCGUGUGCAACAUGGGACACUCCAACACUGAGAUUGACGUGGCGAGCCUGCGGACCCCAGAGCUGACCUGGGAGAGAGUGCGCUCUCAGGUGGACCAUGUCAUCUGGCCUGAUGGCAAGAGGGUCAUCCUGCUGGCCGAGGGUCGUCUUCUGAACCUCAGCUGCUCCACAGUUCCUACCUUCGUCCUGUCAAUCACUGCCACGACCCAGGCUCUGGCUCUUAUUGAGCUGUACAAUGCUCCAGAGGGCCGCUACAAACAGGAUGUCUACUUGCUUCCCAAGAAGAUGGAUGAGUAUGUUGCCAGCCUGCACCUGCCCACCUUUGAUGCCCACCUAACGGAGCUCUCAGAUGAGCAGGCCAAGUACCUGGGCCUCAACAAGAAUGGCCCAUUCAAACCCAACUACUACAGGUAUUAGCUUGCAUGAACGGACCACAACUCUGCACUCCUUGACUUGGACAAGGCCUGGAUAAGAUAAUGAAAUAUAUAUAUAUAUAUAUAUAUAUAUAUUAAGCUCCUAUUCCUUCAUCUUCUACAGUAGGUGUUACCCUGUUUCACUUGCUGUUUUGUGUGUUUAGUUUCACCAUUAGUUCUGUAAAUACACACUCUAACAAACCAACAUACAGGACCCCACUGGCCAUCAAUGACCAAUUGAAAGUACAGCACCUAAACUCAGCUGUCUGCUUGAGAUAUUUAUAUACACGUCUGAUUUCAUUCCCACUCUCCAGUAGAAUAGACAUUUUUCUGAUGUGUUAUUUGUAGUUUGAUAGAUCUUUAUUAUUGUGCCAAUUGAUUGUGUAGGGAAGGGGAUUGUUGUAAUUGAGAUUUAUAUUUCUGUCUGCAUUGAUGUCGCUCUUCUCAAAUAAUUACAUUCCAGCCAAGGGAACAGGGAGAAAUGGCCUCCACACUAGAAAGACUCAACCUCAAUGUCCCAUUUAAAGGCAUAGUCACAUUUCCUGCUGGACCAUGUGUAUACCCAUAUAGAUGUUUACUACCAGCUUGUCAUUUUACUGAUCUCUAUCUCUCUUCCUCUGAAACAGAACUGAGGUUUUAUUGAAAAUAUGAGUACCUGUACUGACUGUACUGUAUUGGGGCGGCAGGUAGCCUAGUGGUUAGAGCGUUUGGGCCAGUAACCGAACGGUUGAUAGAUUGAAUCCCCGAGCUGACAAGGUAAAAAUCUGUCGUUCUGCCCCUGAACAAGGCAGUUAACCCACUGUUCCUAGGCCGUCAUUGUAAAUAUGAACUUGUUCUUAACUGGCUUGCCUAGUUAAAUAAAGGUUCAUUAAAAAUGUUUUUUUUUAAAAAUAGACUAAAGGGCAGACAUACAGUAUAUGAUUUUCUUUGAAUAGUACAUGUGUGCAUGUACAGUACAGAAAUGCAAUUAUCUUCACUAACAACAUUUAUAAGUGUAAGAUACAGAAAGGUAUGUGCAACCAGAAGAGUGACUCCAAUCUGGCACUGGUUUUGAUUGAGUCUCACAUGGUAAUAUGGUAAUAACACUGGAAUGUUUUGCAUUGUAGGAGUCUUAUCAGACUUACAAGGACAAUAGUGCAUUGCUAUUUCUCCAUUCCUGGUCUAAACAAUGUGGAAUUAAGUUUAUUGACGUGAUUUUUUUUAAAUACAGUAGUUGGCUGAUUUUAGUAUUGUUAUUACUAGUAGUAACUAGUAUCCCCGUUUGUGUGACGUGAAUCUGUUUUUCACUUAACGUUCCUGAUCACCAUGUUGUCCUUCUGUCUGUUCUCUGCAUCCAUACUUGCCUGUUUUCAUGUCACCAUCACAUUGAAAGGUCUACUCCAUAAGGAGAGUGGUUAUUCAGUUGAGUAAUGUUGUUUUUUAGUUCCACCUGCUGAUGAAUAUUACACAGGUUAAAUCAUCUGUAUGUAUUACCGGUGCAUUUAAAAUGACAUGCACUGUCACUCUGGUCUGGUAACAUGGGACACUGAGUCGGUUGAAUACAGACCACAUCUGUGUGUACAAUUUUCAGUGUUUUCUGUCCUUCCAUUUUAGCUGUGUGAAACAACAGAUACUGUUUUAUUUGUAUAUAUAUUAGCUGAUGCAACUGUGAGAUAAAGCGCUUUCUUCUUUGCACUCCUUAAAGCUGUUGAGCAUUACAACCAAGGACAUUGUUGGAGGGGUAUUGGCGUCGUAACUUUGGUUACUGGUCAAGUGACAGUGCCUUGUGACCCAUUUGCUACUGCACAUAUUCAUCAGUUGUAGGAUUAUGUCUGUCCACUCCCUCUGUCCACUCCUAUUCCUCUUUGAAAGCUGUCCAACAGUGUUCUGAUUCUGCAGUAUAAUCACUAUGAACCAAGAUGUGCAUCACUGUAGUGGUCUCAUAUAAAUAUUUGUACUUAUUGGGGGUACCCAAACUGCUUAAUGUGUCAGCAUUUAGUUACUUCCAUUGUAAGAGAACAUAGUAGUUUGAAUUGACCUGUUUUGGACUUUUUGAAGUUACAGUAAAUCUUUAUUUCUUCCCUUGGAUAUUGUCUGUAUAGCACUACCAAAAGCAUGCCAUGAAGUAAAACCAGAAUGCCUUUACAUGCACUGUGUUGUUUACAAGGCCUCUGAAUUCAAAUUCUGUUUUAGUUCAUUCAAUCUCCCAUACUUUAGAUUUGUUUAUACUGUCAGAACCAUAACGGCUAGCAGGAUGUCGUAAUAACUGACAAAUAUAGUCAGUUUAUGAAACCCUGUCUAGCAGUUAAGUGUUAUCUGACCAGCUCACAAGUCCAGGGUCAUUUGGAUGUUGUAUGCAACAGUGUUCUGCAAUUUGGGCUAAUUGAGUGGCUGUCGGUGACUGACAUAACAACAGAAACUGAUGCACACUACCACAUUUCCAAAUUGCACCUUGUGUAUUCUACUAUUCCAACUAUCAAAAAUAAGUUGAGACCCCGACUGAGUUCCUAAAAUGUAUUUAUUUAUUUUUUGGGUGAAAUUGAUCCGCAGGCCUACAAAAGGGGGGCCGUGGGGCGCCAGUGCACAUCCCUGAUGUAAAGCAAGGAGCACUGUGAUGUACAUGAUGCGAGAAUCGUUUAUGUAUCUAUGGUUGUGACAAAACUACCUUUUUUAUUUGAGCUUUGCAAAUUAAAUUAUAUUGUUAAAUUAUACAGUACUAUGUAUUAUUUUUCUGUGUAUUAUCUGAAUGGUUGAUGUAUAGUCUGGCUGAGUCAACUCAAGUUGUUUUACUUUCAUCUGACUGCUCUCUGAUGCUGCUAUUUAUUUUUCUGCUUUCUGUUGGUUGAUGUGUACCGAUCCCUUUAAUAAACCUUUCGGUGUUUGAAUUAAAACCUGCUAGUGCACCAUU